AUGCGACAGUGGCGAGGCCACUCGCAUGCCAACGCCGCCCACAGCAGGGAAUCGGGACUUGUGUUAAGUUUGGACCAAAGCUGCCCUCGGCUGCUGAGUUUGGCAGCUUUGGCCGCGUUUUACCCACCCCCGCUCAACUUCACAGCUGCCAAAGGCGAGCCGAUCCACCCCCAGACCGUUAGAGAUGCUAACACAAGUCAGGCGAGGGCGCGCUUGCCGUUUACUUGGCUGAAGCUGGGAUGUCUUGGAGGGUCGUGA